AUGUCUACAGGCUGUGUGAGGUCACUCUCAGAGACAGCCGAGCACAGACUCAACAAGCAGGAGCAUCCCUAUGAGGACACUGAGAUGGACAGUCAGAAGCUCAGAAGCUCAGAGGACAAUCAGCAAGAAGAACUGGGACAAAAGAAACCACGCAGGAAAGACACGCCUGUACUCAACUCCCCUCCUCUCAUACCAGGGGUAAGGUUAAUGAAAGGGGAAACACGUCUGAUUCACUUGGAAGAUGAAGAAAAGGAGACAAAGAAAUAGCUGGAUUUAUAG